CAAUCCUGGCGGAUGAAGGAGUCUGUAAUUCUCUCUCUCUUUCCUUGGUUCUCUUCAUCUCCAUUCACCAGAAUGGCCAUGACCAAUCUUCUAUCCAACGCAACACCUCUCACUUUCUCCUACAAGCUACCCCCAUAUAAAUCCUCACUCUUCUCUCUCAGUCUCAGACACCCACCAUCACUUCUCUCUCUAACAAACCCCACAAGAACACCCACAACCUCAGACAGACCGAGAAAGUCCAUCACAGUCCAAUCUAAAGGCAGUGACUCAGCAGACGCCCCGGACCGCAUAAUAUCAGCCGUCUGUUACUUUUACCCCUUCUUCGAUGGUAUACAGUAUGGAAAAUACGUCAUCACACAGUUCACGCCCAUUCAAGCCCUAAUUCAACCCUUAGUUCCAGCUAUUAAGGUCUUCAAGAGCUUCCCAUUUAAUGGGUUCUUGGUGUUUUUGACCCUUUAUUUUGUUGUCGUCAGAAACCCCAAUUUCAGUAGAUAUGUGAGGUUCAACACCAUGCAGGCUAUAGUUCUUGAUGUGUUGCUGAUUUUCCCUGAUCUAUUGGAGAGGAGUUACAAUCCAAGAGAUGGGGUGGGCUUGGAUUUGAUGAUGAGUUUGGAUAGCACUGUGUUUUUGUUCCUUUUGGUGUGCUUGAUUUAUGGGUCAUCUUCUUGCUUGUUGGGUCAGCUUCCCAGAUUGCCCAUUGUUGCGGAGGCCGCAGAUAGGCAAGUUCGAUGAACUACUGGAAAUACCCAUUUGGUUUGUUUUUUCGGUUCUGUGAUCAAUGCCUCUGUAUUUGAAUAUUGAUGUUAAUUGAUUGUGUUUUAUUUAUUGAGAAAAAUGAAAAAUUGCAUGAUUUCGGAUGGAUGUUUUGGGUGUUCGAUUAAAAUAUUGUUGUGUUGAGCAUAAUCUUUUUGGUGAUGCUGUGAG